ACACGUCAAGGACUAGCAGCCCACCAGCUCUGUUAUCCAGUGCUACACAUGCUUUUGAUCGAAAACAGACCGGCUGCCGACCACCUGCGACAAGAUGUACCACUCUGACCACGGUGUCGACUUCCCCGACCUCUCCUUCCACGUCCCUGGCAGCCCUGCAGAGCUGGGCCCAGCGAACAGAGUGUGAACUCAACCGUCAGCACACCGCGCUUCUACCUUCCUCUUUAGCCGCACAGGGCCUCCCUCAGCCACUGUAGCUCCAGUCCCGCCUCUCCCUCCUCUUGAACGAUGGACAGCCCUCCUAAACUGUCUGGUGAGACCCUGAUCGUGCAUCACAUUCCCCUGGUGCACUGUCAGGUGUCAGGGGGGCGGCAGGGUGGCUGUGGGGGCUCGCUGAAGAGGAGCAACCCGUUCAGCCCGCCGGAGAACCUGGGCUUGAGUCGCACCACUUCCCUUCCUGAGAGAGACGUCCUCCAGAGAGAGGCUCUGCUCUACAGCAGCCUGAUCCAGACCUCCAGUGGCUCCUGGGCCUCCCACAACGGAGGAAGGGAAAGAAAUUGCGUCGGGAAAGGAGGCAGCACAGCGAGUGAUGACUCAUCCUUUACUUCGAGCAAUUCAGAGGACCAGCUGAUCACAGCUCACACGUUACCCAGAGUCAAACCGAGGAACAGGAACCCGUUGCGCCAUAAUCCGUUCCUGCUGAAUACUGAAGACGACGAAGAGGAAGAGGAGGAGGAGGAUGACGGUGACAACCUCAGCGGUUACCAUGAAGACUCCUCUUUUCACCUCCACAGUGACACUAACUCCGCCCUCGAUGACGGCAUGGCUCCUUUCCGCUUACAUGACCUCGGCUUUGCCGCUGAGCCCUUUCUUUUGCACAGCUCGGUGGGAAGGAGCAGCCGGGAGUCCCUGAGGGGCGUGGCUUCUGAUCUCUCCACCCACCUGGAAGAACUGGACAUCUUAGCUCUGGACAGCCAGCGCCGCCAUGGAAGCAGUGGUUCCAACAUGUCCAUGGAUUGUGGAGAGCACGACUGGGGCGACGAUGAUGAAGAUGAAGAUCAUCCUAUGCGGUGUGGGCGGAGCAGUAAGACAGGCUCCUACUCGUCAUGCUCCUCCACCCAGCACUGCUCCUGCUGCACGCUAUCCCAGAACUACCCCCCGCACUUCCCUGAAGCUUUCUCGGAGCCUUUCUCUGAGUGCCAGCAAGGCUACGGCAGCGACUCCUCUUGCAACAGCUCGGACGGCGUGCUCGUCAACUUCAGCGCCAUUUACAACAAGAUGAACAACGGCGUACCGGAGAAGCCGCCGGUCUCUGGACACACCAACCUCAACAGCUCCACUGACCACUCCUGCACCUCGUCUGUUUCUGAUCCACCGGGAAACCAGCGAGACUCAACCGGAGGGGCUUUCUAUUUAGACCUUCACACCUCGCCGACUGAACCUCCCCUGUCACAGCAACAACCCGCUUGUCUUAGCAACGCCUUCCCUCUCAUCCGUGAAUCACACCUGUCCACCUCCUCCACCUGCUCUUGCUCCGUGGAGCACCUUGGCGCUCUCGACCUGGACGCCAACUGCAACGCCUACCACCCUCCACAUUCCGGGUCAUCCGGAGACCUUGCGUCCUGUCUGCAGAGCCAGGCCCGCCUGGUCGUCGCCACGCAGAACUACUACAAGCUGGUCACCUGCGACCUUUCGUCCCAGUCGUCCCCGAGUCCCGCAGGCUCCUCCGUCAACAGCUGCUCCGAUGAGCACAGCAAAGGCAGCCCCACCCCGACUCAGCCCAGCGAGUACUUCCUGUUCAGACAGCGAGCUGAUGAGGCGGGCGUGGAGGAAGAGGAAGAAGAUGGAGAGUCAUAUAGGGUGAGUGGAGAAGGGGAACCUCAUUGGGGCGGAUAUGAUGAUGAUAAUGAUGAUGAUGAUGUUGGAGAGGACGAGGAGGAGGAGGAGAAGAAGGAGAACCAACAGGCAGCUGCUGGGGCUGAAGCUGCUGCUGUGAUUGAGGGCCAGGUGUACGUCAACAUCUCCCCGCCUGUGGCUGGCCGGGGUGUUAUCGGAGGCGGAGCCUCUUCAGGAAGUCGCCCCCGUUCUCGCAGCUAUGACCGCAACCUGGACAAGUCUCCGUCUCCUCGGCUCGGAUCCCUGGAGCGCAUGUUGAGCUGCCCUGUCCGUCUCAGCGACGGCGCCGCCCCAACCCCUCCUCCUCCUCCACGGGUGACCUCCUUCGCAGAGAUCGCCAGAAGUAAGAGGAAAAACGGAGGUACGGGGGGGUCGCCGUCGCUGAAGGCAGCUGCAGACCCUUUCUCCUCCACUUACUCCACCCACUCCCACUCCUCAGUGGAUUUCUCUCCGAUCCUGGAGCAGCGCGUGGAGGUUGACAGUCAAAGCCUGUCACCUGUGCCCUUUACCAGAUGUUACAGCCAAGGCAGCAUCGAGCGACACCUGGAGGGGGGGAGGGAGACCCGGGCCAAGGCUGAAGGUGGUCUCUCCAGCUCCUCAGACAGCCGGCCAGCGGUGGUCCGCUACAGCAGGGACCAGAGGCCCACCACUCUGCCCAUCCAGCCCUUCACCUUCCACCACCAGUUCGCCUCCAAACCCCCACAACCCAAGCCUCUGCUACCCCUGCUCACGGGCUACGUGUCUGGGAUGCAAGCCCGCUCCAGUUCCGGUCCUGGCUCUGGAGGUCCAGUGGGGGAGGAUGGUGAAGAUGCAGCUGAAAAUGUGCACAGGUACGAGGGGGCUCUGGUCGGGGCAGCCCCUCCUCCUGGAUCAGUUCGUCCCUCGCCUCUUGGGAGCUACUCCCCAGUUCGUCUCCAGGGGGCUCCCAGCUCUGGGACCUGCUCCACCUGCACCCCCAGCCCUCAGCGGGCACACAGCCUGUCCUGCCCACUGUCAGCAGGCCUAGCCCCCCUGCACACCCCACCAACAGUAAAACAGGGAGCAGGUUCAGCUCCGUUACCACCAACCCCUCCACCUCCAUCCCUGGGCAUGAAGAGAGGGGCGGUGCCGCAGAUGCUGCCGCCGGUGCAGGGACACUGUUUCCCCCGCGGAGCUCUGCCCAGUUUACCAGCACUCCACAGUGACACACAGAGUCCGCUGGGCUGUCUGGACUCUGGAAAGCAAGGGGAGGGAAGCAAAGGCCCUGGAGCCAGGGCACAUAAUGCACACCACCUCUCUCCUCAGGCCCUCAAAUGGAGGGAGUACCGUCGACGAAACCCACUGGGGGUGGAGAGGGUGUCCGGCGGCCACUCUGGCGUAGGAUCAGGCGUCCUGUCUGCUAACAUAGAACCCCAAAGGGGCGGAGGAACACGACCUGCAAGACGCAACGUGUUCGAUUUCCCCUCAGCGCCCUCUAGCCACAUGCUGGGACGGCUCAAUGUGGGCCAGUCAGCUAAGCUGCAGCAGAGCUACAAUGAUUUCCUGCCGGACUACUUCUCCCUGACCGAGAAGCCGCCGGACGAGUUCUGCCUCUCCCCCGACGCCUCGUCCUCCUCCUCCUCCUGCUCUUCCUCACAGUCCCAAAUCUCUGUGGACCUGACUCAGAAGAGAGGUUUGGUGAAAGCCGUGAACACGGCGGUGGAUCUGAUUGUGGCGCACUUCGGCACCAGUCGAGACCCAGACGUAAAGGCUAAGCUGGGGAACAGCUGGGUGAGUCCCAAUGUGGGUCACCUCAUCCUGAAGUACCUGUGCCCGGCCCUGCAUGAGGUGCUGCAGGACGGUCUGAAGGCCUACGUGCUGGACCUGAUCAUCGGACAGCGGCGUUGUCAGCCCUGGAGCCUCGUGGAGGCGUCCACACAGCUGGGCCCGUCCACACGUGUCCUCCACAGUUUGUUCUCAAAGGUGAGCCAGUACUCGGAGCUCACCAGCCACAGCAUGAGACUGAACGCCUUCAUCUUCGGCCUGCUCAACCUGAAAUCUUUGGAAUUCUGGUUCAAUCACCUGUACACACAUGAAGAUAUUAUAGCAGCACACUACAACCCGUGGGGUUUCCUUCCCCUGUCGCAGGGGGCGUGCCAGCCUCUCUUUGAGGAGCUCCUCCUCCUGCUGCAGCCGCUGUCCCUCCUCCCCUUCGACCUGGACCUGCUGUUUGAGCCGCACCUCCUCCAGAAGGGCCAGGAGCACAUGCGUCGCAAGGAGCAGCUGUGCUCCGCGGGCCAGAGUGUCGACCAGUCGGCUCGCUCCACAUUCCAGCUCAUGAGAGGAUGGAGCACCACCGUGAGCGAAAUGGUGCGGGACUCGAGCGCCGAGGUGAAAAAGGAGAGGGCGGGGCUGAGAAGAGAGGGAACGUGGCCGAGGAUGGAAGGAGCCAAGUCGAGAAGAGAGGGAGCAGGAGUAAGAUCAGGGAUGAAGAAGGAGGGGGGAACGACUGAAAGCAUGACAGCCGGGUCUGUUAGCAGACAGACAAUGACGGAAGUAGGGUUUGCCAAUCUUUGGAAGGACAGGGCGAUGAUGGGUGAGCAGAGAGUGAAAGGUGUAGGGCAGGAGAGCCAGGAAGAAGGUGAGGAUGGACAAGAGAAGGACAGGAGGAAGAAAAAAGACAGGGAUCUGGCUGAUGAGGGGCGUCAGCGGCAAGAAAGACAGGCUGGCUGGUGGUACCAGCUCAUGCAGUCCUCCCAGGUCUACAUCGACCAAUCCACAGAGGGGUCAAAGUUCGUUAAGACCGAGAAGAGGAAGAAAUCCUCAGAGAGACGACACGGUCAACUACCGCCCACCAGAGAGGGAGUGGUGGAGGGGGCAGAGUCAAGCCAAGAAGGGGAGGGCUACAGAAGCAGGAAAGGCACCAGUAGCUCCAGCGAGGAGUCAGCUGGGUCCAGGGGAAAACCCUCAUGGAUGGGCAGCCCACCAGAGUCUGUUCUCAACCAGGAGAAAGAGACAAAACCUCUGGAGGUUGCAGGGACCGGAGCCCAAGCGGCAGCCCAGGAGGAGAGCCCCUCACACGGACAGAAUUUGCGUUGGGGCAGGCUCUUUGGAUCUAGUGUUGGUUCUCCUUCCAGGGCGGAGGGAGCUGAACAGAAGGCAAAAGGUCAAAAGAGCAGACCCCCCUCAGGCUGGCUUGGUCUGGACAGGUCUGUUCUUGACCUUGUAGCUCAGACUAUUGGAGGUGGGAGCGGGAAGAAGCCAGAGCCUCCGGCCGCUCUCACUCACACCCAAAACCCACCAAUGUCGACCCAACCAACUGAAGCCAAACAACGGUCUCCAUGUGAAGUACGAGCGCUGUGUCACCACAUAGCCACCGAGCCGGGCCAGCUGAGCUUCAACAAGGGCGACGUCCUGCGGGUCGUGAGCAAGGCCGAUCCGGAUUGGCUGCUGUGCUCCCUCGGCUCCACUCGGGGCUUAGUUCCCAUCAUCUAUGUCACCCUCAACAGCAUGGAGGACAGCCAGGACGCCGCCGGACUCGGGCAGUGCUGAACCGAAGCUGCCAACAAGUGGAGAUAAAGAUGAAGGUGACACCUACCUGCUGAAAACAAAAAUCUGUUUUACUUGGCUGCUGUUUAAGUGGGAGGACUGUACGUUGAGGAAGUACUCCUGAAAAAUAAACACUGUAGAAAAUAUGAAGAUUAUGUAGACAAUGUACAGACACAUGCAAGGGAAGCAUGCAGGCUUAAACACAAACUCACAUCUGCUUCAAGGGUACAUCCAGACGAGUAUGCAUGCAUACAUCUGAAACAACCAAAAGACCAGACGAGAAACAAACCCAAAGACUCUCAAACACACACUUCUUUCUCUGCGUGAAGCUGUGCCACUCGCUUAACUAUGUGACUGUCCAGUGUGUACGACAUCCAUCUCUGCUCUCAGCAAAAACAAGGACGGGCUACGCACACACACACACACACACACACACACACACACACACACACGAGGGCCAUCUGUACCAUAUGAUAUUCUGUAUGCCAUGCCUAGCUGCACUUUGCCGUGCUGUCUCUUCACCCAGCUGUGCCACACUCUGCUCAGUUGUACCUCCCAGGUUGGUUUGAUGUCCUGUCGCUUACUUAGUGCCGCCUGAUCUUUUUGACUCCUUGCUCUUUUGGUAAGAUUUAAGGUGGUAGAUGUAAAGGCAAAAAAAAAAAAAAAAUUCUUGUUCCACCUCUGCUCCAACUGCACAGGUGUGAUGAUUAUUAUCAUUAUUAUUAUUAUUAUUACAAUAGAGUAGAAAACCACACUGGAGUUUGUUUAGACGGCUGUUCAACCCAAGUGAAAAGGAAACAUAAGAAAGCAAGUUUGAAUCUUUUUCCGUUCCCCAUCCGUCUUAUUUGAUGACCGCUCAUCACAGCCUGUGUCUGCGGAGAGGAAGGGAUGGAUGCACUGAUGAGCAAACAAACUGACAAAUAGCCUUUUGUUCUUCCUCUCUUGCUCACAGCUGGGACGAAAUCAGAGGCUGACUUUGUUUAAGUGCAUGUAACCUUGCAAAAAAAAAAAGAAAAAAGAAAAAAAAAGUUGUCUUUUUCACCUGUAUUUCCCGCCACAUCCUGCACCUCGGCCCCUCCCCCCCUCACCCUCACCCUCCCCCUCCCCUUUAACCUCUCAUCACGGCUUGAGAGAAGCACACGAUCAAGUCUGAGCUGUACAUGUGCAUUUGAUCUAUUGGUCCGUGCUGUAAAUGCAUACGACUUACACACGUGUUGUACGAGUUGUAUUCAUUUACUGACCCGUUCCAGUCGCAUCCGGACGGACGGUUGCAGGAGACGAGGGAAGGAUGUCCAGUGAAAGCAAAAACGUAGCUGUGGAGAUGUCUUUUUUUUUUUUUUUUGAAUGUGUUGGGGAUUUGCUUCGAUUCUUCUUCAAAAUUAUUACUAAUUAGUUCAAUGUUUUGCAUUUAGAACGGGGUCAGAUAACGAUCGUAUCUAUGCCUUAAAGCACUUGAGGGAGGAAAAAAAAACAAGGAGCGAGCUGCCCUGUUGGACACUUACCUAAUAUUUGCCCUGACAUUAUAGUAUAUUUUCUAUACGCUAUGAUGUGUCCCCCCCCCCAGGUUUAUGUCUACAGACGAGUAUAGUGAAGAAAUAGAGAUCUAUGGUGAUAUUUUUUUGAUGUUUAAAGGGAAACCCCGACACAUUUUAUGAUGGUGGCUUUUAUGGGCAUUCCUGUGCUAGUGCGUACACGCUGCCUGUCAUGGUGUAAAAAUGUGGCCUUAGGUUCAAAAUGAGUCGACACAGAAUUAAAAUUACAGCUAUAUACAGAAUACCUGGAUAGAUGUCGAGUGUAUACAGACGCCCAAUCCAAAUAUUACACAUUAUAAGAUGGUAAAAAGUCAAUGUACAUUUAUUAAAUAAAUGAAUGCUUGUGUAGUUUUUGAAAAACUUACAUAGGAUAUAAUUUUAUCAUUUUGAUUUUUUCUUUUUGUUUUGUUGCAUUGUAUUGUACAGUUUUUAUUUGUAUGUAUGAUUUUUAACAUUGAAUUUCACCAAAAUGAUUAAUAUUUCCUUCCUCAUUGAACUGUACAUAUAUUUAAAUCCUUCAAUGAUUAAUUUCUGCCAUAGAUCUAUAUGUGUAAAUGUUAAUAAUACAUUUUAUGUUCAAUACAGGAAGCAAGAAUAAGCUUUAGUUUCAGUGCUAACAAUCUGCUGACUAUAAUACAAGUUGCCCGUGGUAGUGGAAGCUAUGAUUUUCAGUCCUCCAGGCAGUUUGGUGUUCAUUGGCCUCCUGUUGAGAGUUCACACGGGACAGAACGAAACAAACACAUAGUAGUGAUGAAACCAGAGAGACGAGGAGGCUCAGGGGAAAGAGGCAAAGACAGAGUCGCUUUUGAUGAGGUGAAAUGUGCUUUGAAAUGUGUAGGAGUGACAUAAAAGAGAGAAAGAUGUGUUUUCUCUCUGCUUUCUCUCUCUCUCCCCGGCUGCCUCCUUCUGCCUGUAAAUACCUUCAGCAUCAGUGACACUGCUCUUCUCUCUGUGUCCAGACUAUAUGAUGUGUACGUAUGACAUUAUCAAACUACUAUGGAUGUUAAAUAACAAAGUGCUCAUGUGAUCACAAACUUAAAUGGCUCCUGUGUCUUUUGUUUGUUUGUUUAUCUGUUUGUUUAUCAUCAUGCUGGAUUGUACCAAAAAUUGCUCAUUUACAUCAGUAGUCCCCGGGCAGCUAGCAUAAAACAAAAAAAACAUUACAAGUCACAAUACACUAAUACAAAUAUAAAAAGACAAAUGCAUUUUGCUGCAUACUGAUUUGUGAUGUCAGUGCAAUGUUUGAGAUAUGUUUUGAAGGUGGGAAAUGUAGGACACUCCCGUACCGGCU